AUGCAAGCGAUUUGGACCCUAACCGACGACGACGGAAGGCCAUGGAGCUGGGACAAGGAACUCCCCACUGCAUUCAAGGACCGUUGGACAACGUACCAAUCGCAGCUUCCUUCCCUAAACGAACUUCGCGUGCAACGAUGCGUUCUACUUCCAGCUCCAACUUCAAUACAAAUCCAUAUCUUCACUGACGCCUCCGAGAACGCAUACGGCGCGUGCGUAUACCUACGAUCCACGGACUCCAACGGUUCCAUCAAGGUUGCCCUGCUUUCGUCCAAGUCCAAAGUUAGUCCACUAAAAAGGCAAAGUAUUCCGCGAUUGGAGCUGUGCGGUGCUCUAAUGGGCGCUCAACUCUACGAAAAGGUGGUGGCUUCUCUCCGCUUAAAAGCUGACACCUUCUUCUGGGUCGAUUCCACCGUAGUCCUAUCUUGGCUGAAAUCCUCUCCAUCGACAUGGGCUACUUUCGUGGCAAACCGUGUUUCAAAAAUCCAACUUGCGACGAAGAACUGUACUUGGAAUCACGUAGCUGGUGUACAGAAUCCUGCCGAUGUUAUCUCCAGAGGAACAACAGCAGAGGCGCUAAUCGAUAACCGGCUUUGGUGGUAUGGUCCGGAGUGGCUUCAUCGGGAUCCUAUCGAAUGGCCAACAGCGCAACCACCACACCCACCAUCAGAAGAAGUCUUACGGGAAGUGAAGAAGUCACACCUCACGGCUUGUCCAGCAUCUGAAGAACCCUCGUUCAUCGACCAGCAUGUGCAGAAAUUCUCGAACUAUGCUACCAUGUUACGCAUCACGGCAUACUGUCUUCGAUUCUUGAGAAACUGUCGACUCAACUCUAAUCAACGUUCAUCCUGCACAUUUCUCACCACGGAAGAAAUCGACCGAGCGGAAGCAGCAUUAGUCCGAUUGGUACAACUCCAAUGCUUUAGCAGCGAUAUCGAGCAACUACAACGACAACAACACUUAUCGGCGAAAUCUCGACUACGCUGGUUCCAUCCCUUUCUCGACGAUGACCAGAUUCUUCGAAUUGGAGGUCGCCUAGGCAAUUCACGGUUGUCGUUCACCAGCAAACACCCAGUCAUUCUUCCUUCAUCGCACGCCUUUUCCGCUCUGCUGGUCAGAUCCUUCCACCUACGACACCUUCAUGCAGCCCCACAACUAUUGCUCACCCUUCUUCGACUCCGGUAUUGGGUCAUAGGGGCCAGGAAUCUUGCUAGAAGGACUGUCCACAGUUGCGUGACUUGCUUCCGCAAUCGACCGAAAAUGAUCGAGCAGUUCAUGGCGGAGCUGCCAGCUGCUCGGGUAACAGCCACUCAACCGUUUGCAGUAACCGGAAUCGACUACUGGGGACCCAUCCAAAUACAACCACAACAUCGGCGAGCGGCCCCAAGGAAAGCAUACGUGGCGGUUUUUGUAUGCUUCUGCUCCAAAGCAGUGCAUCUAGAACUAGUGGCUGACUUGAGCACGCAAAAGUUCAUCCAAGCACUUCGGAGAUUCGUCUCGAGGAGAGGCCUCUGUUCCGAAAUAUAUAGCGACAAUGGGCGAAAUUUCGUUGGUGCCGCCAAGGAACUACGUCACCUACUUCGCAGCCAGGAGCACAGGGCUGCAGUCAUCCAAGAAUGCACCAAGAAUGGGAUCAAGUGGCGCUUCAACCCACCAACGGCCUCCCAUUUUGGUGGAUUGUGGGAAGCAGCAAUCGCAUCUGCACAAAAACACUUCACUCGUGUACUGGGACCUCGUAUUUUAGCAUUCGACGAUACCGAGACCCUACUUGCCCAAAUUGAAUGCUGCCUCAACUCCAGGCCACUUGUUCCCAUCAGUGAUGAUCCCAGUGACUUCGAGCCACUCACUCCUGGACAUUUCCUGAUCGGCUCAUCGUUGAAAGCUUUGCCAGAUGUGGACUAUUCAGCGAUCCCAUACAACCGGCUCUACCACUGGCAACAAACACAGAAAAUUUUCCAGGACAUCUGGCGUAGGUGGCACACCGAAUAUCUGUCGACGCUGCAGCCACGGACCAAAUGGUUGAGCCCAUCCAAACCUAUCGAAGUCGGUCGGCUGGUCAUCUUGAAGGACGAAAGGAUUCCACCAAUGCGCUGGGAAAUGGCUCGGAUUACGGACUUGCACCCAGGAGCCGACGGAAUCGUACGUGUAGUCACACUCCAGACACCUCAUGGAAAGUAUACUCGGCCUGUCUCCAAAAUAUGUCUGCUGCCAAUUGCCCCUUCAUCAAAGGAUGAAUCGCCGUCAUCGUCGUCCGAUCCACCAACAGCCAGAAUUCUCCGAUCGAAAGGCACCAUCCAAGGAACAACACACGCUAGCAGAAAGUCCAUCGAUGAGCAGCUGCAAUAA